AUGGAAGUAGUAAAUAGUGCUUGUUCUGAUUUCAAUAAUACCAAAGGCUCUUUCAAGAAAGUCUCGCCCCUUCUUAUGGACAGUUUGGUGGAGGAACCUAAGAGAAGAACUGAUGUCCCUAAUUACCUCCUGGAAUCCAAAAUUUAUUCAAAGCUUUUAAGAAAUAGUGUGAUACAGGCCAAGCCUGCCAUAAUGCAUUAUGGAGGGUAUGAAAUUGAAAAACAUCACCAACAAACUCUGAAACUUGUGAAUAUUUCUGGCAAUCUUUUAAAUGUUCACAUUAUUCCACCCCAAACAAAGUACUUCCAGAUCAGAUACAGCAAAACACACCGACUUGUGCCUGGCUUGUCCUUUACAAUCACGGUCGACUUCCGUCCUGAUGAAUGGCGAUAUUAUUAUGACUGUAUCCGAAUCCAUUCUGAGGGAGAUGACACUUUGCUGGUUCCCAUACACGCCUAUCCUGUGAUGAAUGCUGUAGAAUUUCCAUCCUAUAUUAGCUUCUCUGAUGUUCCCCUGGGACAGUGUAAGGAAUAUGUGAUCCCUUUGCAGUGCAGCUGUCCCAUUGAUUUUGAGUUCUACAUUGAGUAUCUUCAGCCUCACAAAGCCUUUACUAUUCACCCCAUCUCUGGAAUAAUCCCAGCCAAUGGGAAAGCGGAAGUAGUUAUUGCAUUUGUGCCGUUUGAAUAUGGAACAGCCCAGAUCAAAAUCCAGUUGUGGAUUUCCCAGUUUAACUCGAAACCUUAUGAAUGUGUAUUCACAGGAACAUCAACACCGUACCCUAGUUUAAUAAAAGGAGACCUUAAGAAGAAAGAGACAACUGGGCAGAGAAAACCAAUGUCUGACGAAAAAGCAGCGACAUGCCUAGUACAGAAGAUGUCACCACCAAAACAGAAAAGUCCCCUUCCGAAAUUAAAGACCAUCGAAUAUAAAAACUUACGGUUCCCAACAGAUCUUUCCAACCCCUUUGCUGUGGCUACUGUUUUAAUCCAGGAGCCAGGCAAACUGAAGAUAAAACAGUUGAGAGAAGUCUUAGGAGGCCAAGGUGAUGGAGGAACUAACACGAGGCAGGUGAAAGAAGCUGUUUUUCAGUUGAAAGUCAAGCAGGAUAUCCAGGAAGAAGAAACGAAUCAGCUUAAAUGGCAAGUCCAUUUAGGGAAAGAUCCCAUGUCUUUGGCUUUUCACGACCAGAUUCUGGAAGAUCGGCAGAGAGCUGAAGAGCAGUACCGGAUUAGAAGAGGAGAUCCCGUUAUGGCGACGGAGUUUCAAAGGAAGAAAGUAGAAAUUUCUGUCAAGCGUAUCAUCCGAAAGGUUGGGGAGUGUCCAGAAUUCGAGCCUACAUUUGAUAUCCUGCUCAACAACCCUUGGGACCACCGGCACUGGAAUCUGCGGCGGUUCCAGCAAGCUGCUCGAAAGAUUCUGCUUGGCAAUCGCCUAACACGUCAGCUACAUUCACUAUUUGGACUAUGUAGCUUUAGAAAUCAAGACGAAGCAUUCAUAACAGAUAAACCCUCAGAAAAUGACAAAGCUGACGGCGCAGCCGCAAUAAGUGACCAGGACAGGCCUUUUCUGUUGACCGUGCGUCACAUCCUACCUUUCGGAUUCCCCACUUACAGUCCAGUGCGGUGGGCUGAUGAAUUGUUACCUGAAGUUCUUGGUAUAGUUCCUGUUAAAUCUGCGGAAGCUGAGAUUAAACAUCUUCACCACUUCUUUGAACUAAAGGUGCCUCAGCAUUUCAAGCUUAUGGCAUAUCAGCCGUUCUGCAUCCACCAUGCAGCAACCAGCUACAAAGUUCCAAAGUAUUCCCAGGUUCUGAGAAGAGGGGCAGAGGAAGAGUUGAUCCCAGUGCUGCCUGCUACAGAGGAGAGGCUGCGCCUUGCCUUGUUCCAGCCAAAAGAGGAUGUAUCCUUGGAAAUAGAAACCUCUCUCCUCAACCUUAAAGCUCCUGAAAAUUUGCUUUAUACUCCACAAGAGCAUCCACUUCAAGUUUUUAAUCCUAGCCCAGGACUGUAUGAAUUCAAACAGCCACUCCUUCAUUCGGAAAACAGCAUUGAGUAUCACCUUUCCCCUCAUCCAAGAUAUGCACUCACCAGGAAAUACCCAAUAAAGUCCAGUGUUCUGACUACACAAAAGAAAUUCCUCCAUUCCAAGGAAGUCAUUAGUGGUGUAACUACCUGGAGAAAAUUCCCACCAAUUAUCCAUUCAACCUUGCCCAAUGUUCCUGCUCUGAACAACACAGUGAUAACGUUCUGCAGUGAUUCUUAUAAUACAGACCUGCUUCCAAAAGAUCUGCCUCCCAUUGCAGAUAGCUUACCAGAGCAGGAUAAGGAAAAUGUCAUGGAUGAAGAUGGUGGGGCGGAGGCCACUGUGUUACUUGCACCAGAGAUGAUAAAAGCUGAAUUUCCACAGGCUGAUCACUCAACUGAUGAUAAAAAUAAAACAUCAAAAGAGGAGAGUGACAUAGCUGCAGACUUGAAGCCUGCUUCCUGCACUUCUCUGAAUAUUUCCACACCUGUUUCCAGAGAUGUGAGAGAUUAUUUGGAUUGGUAUUUUCAAGCUCAGAAUAACGUAUAUGGUCAAAGGAUGCAAGAAAACCUAGAGAAACUGAAAGAAAAAGCCGUUCAGAAACACCUUGUUCUGGAUUAA